AUGGCUUCUUCAACGCGCUCCAAGCUCGGAGCUAUAUUCCUUGCUACCGGUGUAUUUGUAUUAUUAUGUCACCUUGCUUCUUCUCAACUUUUGAAUCAACGAGAAAUUUUUAUUAACAGGUGGAGAUGGUCCAGCGAUGAUCUUGAUGAUAUGUUCGAAGCUAAUCAAUUGACAAUUAACAUUAAUCCUAAUAAUAAAUGGGCAAAUAUAUUAACUCAUCAAGAUUUCCCUGAUUAUAAAAUUAAAUUGAAAGAACCACAUAUGUGUGAUGAAACUGUUAAACAGUAUUCUGGAUAUCUUGAUGCUGGUACCAAAAAACAUUUUUUCUUUUGGUUCUUUGAAUCGAGAAGUAAUCCUACGAAAGAUCCAAUAGUUCUUUGGCUUAAUGGUGGCCCCGGAUGUUCUUCCUUAACGGGUUUAUACUUUGAGCUUGGUCCUUGCGCAGUUAACGAAGAGGGAACUGAUACUAUUUUUAAUGAUUACUCAUGGAAUAGCAAUGCUAGUGUUAUUUUCUUGGAUCAACCAAUUAAUGUUGGAUAUUCUUAUGGUGAUGGUGUGUCCAACUCGUUGGCUGCUGCCACUGACGUAUACGCGUUUUUACAAAUCUUUUUCAAAGAAUUUCCUCAAUAUGCCAAUUUGGAUUUCCAUAUUGCUGGUGAAUCAUAUGCUGGUCAUUAUAUACCAGCCAUAGCUGCAGAAAUUAACAAUAAUAAUAAAGGAACUUCUUCAUGGAUUCUUGCAAAUCAACCAAAAGAUCUUAAACACGUCAAUCUUGAAUCCAUCUUGAUUGGAAAUGGUCUAGUAGAUCCUCUAGUACAAUACAAAUAUUAUGCUGAUAUGGCUUGUAACUCUUCUUAUAAGCCUGUAUUAGAAGAAUCCACUUGUGAUAGAAUGAGAAAUGCUUAUCCUCAAUGUGCUUCAAUGAUUCAAAGAUGUUAUGAUUCUUCAAAUUCAUUUUCUUGUUUACCUGCUUCAAUGUAUUGUAAUAGAGAAAUGAUUCAACCUUAUCAACAAACUGGUAAAAAUGUUUAUGACGUAAGAAAAGAUUGUGAAGGUGGUGGUUUAUGUUAUCCAAUUUUAAAAGCCAUCGAGAAAUUUUCUAAUCUUGGAGUUGUUAAAGCUGAAUUGGGUGUUGAUCGUUCGGUGGAAUAUAAAAGUUGUAACAUGGAAAUUAAUUUCAAAUUCCAACUUGCCGGUGAUUGGAUGCGACCUUAUCACUUAUUGAUUCCACCGCUUUUGGAAAACAAUAUUCGAGUAUUGGUAUACGCAGGUAACGAAGCAUGGGUAAAAGAACUUCAAUGGACUGGUGCAGAAGGUUUUAACAAUGCCAAAGUUACUCGUUGGGUAACAUCAGACACUGGAGAACAUGCUGGUGAUGUUAGAACUUAUAAAGGAUUUACAUUCUUGAGAAUUUUUGAAGCUGGACAUAUGGUACCUUAUGAUCAACCACGUCCAAGUUUAGAUUUCUUUAAUAGAUGGUUGUUCGGUCAAAAUUUGUAA